AGAAAAUGGCAGAUUGGGAGGAUGUGAAAGUUAUGAAAAGGAAGUUUAGGAUUAGUAGAGCCACUAUGGAUCACAUCCGUAAUGUGAAUUCUUAUCUAAAAUAACAGAGAUGGUAUCAAAUAUUCCUCUAAAGCUUGUAAAGAAGGUAUCCCAAAACACUCGUCAAGCUUACUCAAAACCAAAAUUCACCCUCCAAAUAAACAAUACAAUCCCAUACUCAUAAAACAAGUCACGCAGCAGAAUAAGAAGCAGAAAGGGACAGUCUUGUGAAGAGAGGGAGAACCUGAGAGGAAGAAGAGGAAUAAAAUGAAGAUUAAUUUGGUACUGAAGAAACCGAAGCAGGAGUAUCAGGACUUGGAGGAUGAGGAAGGGGUAAAGACUGAGUAUUUGGCCAGUUCGUGUAGGAAUAAUGAGGGGAAGAGAGCUAGGUCGUGUAUGAAGUCUGCGUAUUUGUUGACACCAAAGGAGCAUGGACAGGAUAUAGGGGUUAAAAAGAGGAUGAGGAGUAAUAAAAAAAUAUUAACUAAUCGUAGUACAUCGAGGAAUAUUAACUCUAAUGUUUCUGAAUAUAAUUCAUUGGUUAAGAAAAGAUUAGCUUCAAAAUAGAUGUGAUGUCUCUGUUUCUGCAAGAUCAGUAUACAAUAACAUUGAACCUGAACAAAGAAAGUUAUCUCCUCAUAAAAAGGUCAAUCCUUUAAUGACCGACGAAGGUACGAGUCAAGACAAAAGCAAAAUAAAAAUUAAUAUGUCAAAAUAAGACCAGAAACGCACACAGCAUCAGAUGCCUCCCUCGUCUAAACUCAAAUCCUAAAGAAAAACUCCCAAUCAACAUCACCAUCUCCGGAGACCACAACAAGACCCAAAACUCUCAACUCAAGAAAAUCGUCAACAUCGAUCUCUACAACCGCAAAAACUCCAAAGCCUCAAUUUACUUCUCCAAGCCCACUAAAAAUAUCAAACAAGUAAAAUCCGUGCAAGACAUACACCACCACACCACCAGAUCCAAAAGCACCCAGAGAGCACCCACAAACACCUUGCUCAACCCCAAUUUCACCACACAGCGCAAAACUUCGCCUCCUCAAAAAUCCCACAAGCUAAAGACCAUUACUGACAAGUCAAGCCCUCACAGUGAAAUCCUGGCUUCUUCCUACAGAGAUAGUACUAAACUCAAGAUUAAGAGAGCAGAUUUGGGCUUUGGCUUUAGAGAUCUGUACGCCAAAGUUCCAAAGACAAGUGAAGAAUUAGAGGAAUAUGCUAAGUUCCAGAAUAAAAAGAUCAGGCUAGCGAAGAUUAUAGAUAAGAGAGUUGAGCAUGAGAGUAGUAUUUUGUUGAAAUAAGCAGAGUAAAGAAGCGUGCAGGGUGAUGGACAAGCCAGGGAUUUGUGCUGAUGUUAAGAUGUUUAUGUUUAGACAACCGCCGAUAAAUAAUCUGAAGAGUUUUGAGAUGCUCGGUUCAAGAGAGAAUUCAUAUGAGCAUACCUCUAUAGGAGAGAAUUUAGGACUUCUAGGGAAAUCUAUAGUUGAAAAGAAGCCAGUUAUAAUCUCAAAGUAUUCCUUAUGAUCGACAAAGUUAAGAAAGAAGAUAAAUAAUAUUUUUAACAACUAA